UGGCACUGUUAUUUGCGGAUUUAGCGGACAGGCGAUGCCUUUAAUCAUCAAAGAGACGUGGAUUAAGUGUCAUUAAAGGCACACGUGCUUCUGUAAAUGUAACUCGGUGAUUGGAGUAAUAUUUCUUUUUCUUUGGAGACGGAGGAUGUGUGAGGAGCAGACGGUGUCUCUGUUAGAUGUUCUGAAGGAGGAUGAAGAGCUGGAGGAAGAGGCUUCAGCUGUUUUAGCAGGAAGUGACUCUGAUCAUUGUUCCUACCCCCAGGGUUAUGUGCAGCGUCAGGCUCUGUACUCCUGUCACACCUGCAUCUCAAACGGAUCAGAAGCUGCAGGAGUGUGUUUGGCCUGUUCAUAUAAAUGUCAUGAAGGUCAUGACCUAUUUGAGCUAUACACGAAAAGGAACUUUCGUUGUGACUGUGGAAACACGAAAUUUAAGGACCUUCAGUGUAAACUUGUCCCUGACAAAGAUGAAGUCAACACCUCCAACAAAUACAGUCACAACUUCUCUGGACUGUACUGCACCUGCAGGAGACCCUACCCUGACCCCGAGGACCAGGUGGAGGACGAGAUGAUUCAGUGCGUGGUGUGUGAAGAUUGGUUUCAUGGCAGGCAUCUUGGCUCGUUGGUUCCAGACUGUGUGGGGUCCCAAGAGAUGAUCUGUGAGUCCUGUAUGAACCAGAACCCGUUCCUCUGGAUCUAUGCAGAUCACCUGGCAGCAGCUGUAGAUCAUGUGACCCAGGACGCCAAGGAUGUCGAGGGCAGGGGGGGGCAUGUUGGCAUCUACCUCCCUGAUAACCGCACUGAUGUCAUCGAGUCCACCAGCAAACGAGUCCGUGGAGAGCCGGAGCCAAACUGCAGACUGGAAGAGCUGCAAAAAAUAAGUCAGAACAGAACCAGGACUGGGGCUGUUUUCUGGCCCUCCACGUGGCGUUCCAAACUCUGCUGCUGCAGCAGUUGCCAGGAGCGUCUCUCUGAAGCUCAGCUGAACUUCCUGUUCGACGAGUUGGACACAGUCCAGGCGUACGAGAGACGAGGACAAAACAAAGACCAGAACCAAGGAGGCCACGAUCCACUCAUGUUGGCACUGGACAAUCUGAACCGAGUCCAGCAGCUGGAGAUCAUUCAUGGUGAUGUCAUGCGCCUGAGGUUGAAUACUUGGUACCGUCAGUACCGAGUAUUCAACCUUUUUAAUGAUGAGCCGUGUCAAUUCUUGGUAGAACUGAUGGUGGCAGUAGUAGAGUAGUCGGUGUCACUGUAGAAAAAAGAACGACUGAAAACAUCACCUCACCUCACCCAUGUAGAAGGAGUCGUGAAUGGAGAGCAGUUAUAAAUCCACAAGUUCGCAAUCGGUUCCUCUGAAUUUCUCAAACCAAAGGAGGAAACAGUUGAGGAACUCGGUGGACCACCUACGGAUCGUUACCACCAGUUGAUUGAAAAAUUCUAGGUGAGUUAGUUUUACUAUCAUGUUUACAUAAUGUUAAACCUGAAUAAGAGGCGUGGCUUUCUAGUACUGGUAGAGUGGCUAAUCCUGAGUUGAACAGACAACUUUAUAACCUCGUUUUAUUUGAAGUCAAACUUUGUUUUUUCUCUCUACAGUAUCAAUCAGAAGAUGAUGACUCACACACAGACCCACCAACCAUCACAGCCACUGCGGUACCGUGUGGUUUGUUUUUAUGACCAGGAGACAAUAGUUCACUGUUGUUAUUUUUUAAUGUAAGCUAACUCUUAGUAGCUGCUACUGCCGUUUAAAUUUUGUGCAGUAAGAUGUUGGAGCACAGUGAUCCUGAUUACUGACAGUUUUUAAUAAAGUUGUGAAUUUAAAAGUACAUGUGUUCUGUUUUUGUGGUAUUAACAACUGAAAUUCUGGUAUUGUACCAGCCCUAAAACCAGAUUUUACCUGGGCUGGUUUGGUACCAUAACCUGGAGUAUUAGUUAAUUAUUACUGUUACUAUUAAAAGACUAAGUAGACAAAUACACUGUUUAAAAUACUACACCUAACGUGGACAAUCGAACUGAAACCAGGAUCUGAAAAUCUGGAAUCAGGUAAAACUCUAAACUAGAAAAUAAAAUAUUCAACAUUUCCUCAACCUUGGUGACGCAGCGAACAAUGUGUGUGUGUGUGUGUGCUGGUGUUACUGGUCAGUGAUGUUGAUCAAACAAGAA